AUGUCCGAUUAUCUCACGUUAGAAUCUCACCCCGCCUGGACUCAAUUCCAAGCAGCUUCUAGCAACAAGGACCUAAUUAAACACUUCGAUCCGGAUUUGGAAUACCGCGACGCCAGACGUGACGAAAUGCGCUCCCUCAUGAUCCAAUUUGGAAUUUUACCCCAGUACAGACGAUCGACAGCCAACAAACAAAUUCUCUUUGACAAUUAUCAUAAACAUCUUAUCCCUAUCAUCCAGCCUUUCAUGGAAAAGAAAACCUCAAGCCAAAUUGAAAUCGACGUUCAAAAUACAGUGAAGCUUGACGUUGAGGCACCAUCUACAACUAAAGAAGAACUCUGUAAGGAGCUCAAGAAACAUGUCCCUACAAUGAGAACUACCUCUCUGAUGGAUCGGGGAGAGCUCAUCCGAACCUAUCAAACGUCUGUAUUGUUAGAAAAACAUCCGUCAGUUGGCGACGAGUUAACUCGAGAUUCCUCCACCAACCACCGAUUCAUGACCAACCCCGGCGUUUGGCCUCACCAGGAACUUCUCCGAAAGCAUCGAGAUGACAUCAGAUCAGCUUUACAAUUCCUUUGA